AUGUCGGUGUUCCAAUCUUUCCGGAACCUGUCCCCGCGCAUGCGUCUCGGGGUAGGUGUCGGUCUCCUGGCCUGGGGCGUCAUUGGUCUGCAGCUAUCCGACCGCGCCGAAGAGAGGUUUGGUCUCAAGGCUAGCGACGAGGACAAGGCUGCUCUCAGUCAGCUUGCGCCGAGAGUGGUCACGGUGGACAAAGGCAAAGAUCGGUGA